AGAAAAGCCAGCAGCCAAAAAAAAAACCAUCUAAACAAAGACAACAACACAAAAAAGAGAAGAAGAAGAGCUUUCUCUCUCUAAAAAAAAACUAAUUUUCUCUCUCUAGAACUCUUUGGCUUUAAAAAAAGUAAUAGGUUGUGGUUUCCCUUUUUCCUCUUGUUUUUUUCUCUCUCUAUAUCGCGUUUUUGUGUUUCUCUCUCUAAAACUCAAAUCUUUCUCUCGAUCUCCAAAACUGGCAACCAUGAGUGAUGAAGGAGAAAGGACCUGCCCACUCUGCGCUGAGGAGAUGGACUUGACUGAUCAACAAUUGAAGCCUUGCAAAUGUGGUUACGAGAUAUGUGUUUGGUGCUGGCAUCAAGUCUUGGAAAUGGCAGCAAAAGAAGAGACAGAUGGGCGGUGCCCAGCAUGUAGGAACCCUUACGACAAGGAGAAGAUAGUAGGGAUGGCUGCAAACGCUGAGAGAAUGGCUGAAUUUCAUACGGAGCGAAAGAAAUCACAGAAGGCAAAAACAAAGUCAUCUGAAGGAAGGAAGCAGCUCAGCAGUGUUCGGGUGAUUCAACGUAACCUUGUGUACAUAGUUGGGCUACCUCUUAACCUGGCAGAUGAAGAUUCUUUUGUGAAUGUUGAGCAGCUUCUUCAACACAGAGAGUACUUUGGGCAAUAUGGGAAGGUUUUAAAAGUGUCUAUGUCUCGGACGACACAGGGUGUCAUUCAACAGUUCCCAAAUAAUACUUGUAGUGUAUAUAUAACUUACUCAAAAGAGGAAGAAGCAAUUCGUUGUAUUCAGUCUGUACAUGGAUUUAUCUUGGAUGGUCGAUCUUUAAAGGCUUGCUUUGGGACCACAAAGUAUUGUCAUGCAUGGCUGAGAAAUGUGCCCUGCACAAAUCCAGAUUGUCUAUACUUGCAUGAGAUUGGUUCACAUGAAGAUAGCUUCACAAAAGAUGAGAUUGUGUCUGCAUUCACUAGGAGUAGAGUGCAACAAAUUACCGGUACAAAUACAUCAAAUAAUAUGCUCCGGCGUUCGGGUAGUAUGCUGCCUCCACCCCUGGAUGAUUUCAGCUGCAAUACCUCUGCUUCUGCACCAAAACCCAUAGUGAAAAAUACAUCAAAUAAUCCAGUGACUACAUCUAAAAGCUCACCUCCGAAUGGAAGCUCUGGCAGAUCUAUUGCACUUCCUGCAGCAGCCUCAUGGGGGGCACGUGCUACUAGUCAGCCUCAAGCUGCCAAUUCUACAUCUUUAAAUGGAACAACCAAACCUAUAUCAGACAUACUUAAUGGCUCCCUAGCAUUCUCAUCAGUAGUUACAAAUGCAACCCAGGCUUCUAUAUUGCAUAGUGAUGUUGGUAAAAGGACAACCUGGCAUGACGAUGGACAAAGUAUUAACGGUAAAUUGAAAUUAGAUCCUUCAAAACCAGAGAAACCAAAUGCCGGUAUAGAUAUCCAAGCCAAUGUACUAGAGAAACCAGUUGCAAACCUUGAUACUGCUGAUUUGACCUUGAGUAAUCAGUCUUCCAGUCUGCCAACAUUUAAGCAUGAUGACUCGGGCUCUGGUUUUGUGUCAAAUGGUUCAGGCUGUUCUGUGCAUAAUUCUUCAUCUACCGCAAAUGGGGGAGUUGCUUCUCCUGAUAAUGCAUCAAUAAAGAUUGAUUAUAAUGUAAGAAGCGAAACUUCUGGCUUAUGUAGAACUAGUAGCUCACUUACAGAUAAUAUUGCUGUAAAAUUGCCUGAAAGUCGAGGGUUACAACAAUCAUGUGCGGACCAGUAUAGUGAACCGUCACUUUCACCAGCAACCGAGAAACAUUCUGCUCCUAGUGAUCUUUCUGAUUGGAAUACAGAUUCACAAAUACAAACGGCUUCAAACACUGUUUCAGAAGUAGAGGAAGAUAUAAUAUCAUUCGAUAAUCAGAGACUUAAAGAUCCAGAAGUUGUAAGCCGUACUGCUUAUAUGCCAUAUUCAGCCAAUUCAUUUCGUGUUUCAAAUUGUUCUAGGCCUCACACCCUCCAACAUAAUGAGCCUUUCGGUGCUGUAAAUUUAAAUGCUGAUCGUCCUUAUGUAGAUAAUAGGGUUAGCGACCAAGCACUUCGUGCAUCUAAUAGUGCUGUGAUAGCAAAUGGAUACCAUGAUAAAUUGAUCAGCAUUUCUGCUGGGUUGGAUAGAAACACAGAGCAAUAUCGUCUCCCAAAUGAAGUAGAAAAUAAGCACAUGGGGAUGUUACAGGGUGAUGCUACUGCUUUAGAUGCAGGCGAGGACAGCAUAAUUUCGAAUAUUUUGUCAUUGGAUCUGGAUUCAUGGGAUGACCCGUUAACAUCACCACAGCAUUUGGCGAAAUUGCUUGGUGAAACUGACAAACAACCUAGUUCUCACAAAAUGUCAAGUUCCUGGAAAGUUCAAAAUAAUCAUCAGUCAAGAUUUUCUUUUGCAAGACAGGAGGAAUCGAGAAAUCAUGGAGUUGAUGCUGAUACGUCUUUCAGUGUUUUUGGGCAGAUGCAAAAGAACCUUUCAUUUGGCCAGGAUAUUGCAGAAAACAGACUUUCAUAUAUGGAUAAGUUUGACACUGGAAAUGGUUUCUCUUCCAGUAAUUUUGGUGAAUCUGAACUUUUUGGAAAUGCUCCUUCAGUUUUCUCUUCUAAUAAGCCUUCUGCAGUAUCAGUUCCUAGAUCUCAAAUUUCUGCACCGCCUGGAUUCUCAGUUCCUAGCAGAGCUCCACCACCUGGAUUUUCUUCUCAUGAGAGGAUGGACCAGUAUUUUGAUGGUAUAUCUGGGAGUCAUCUGCUUGACUCCUCUUCGUUGCUGAGAAGUACAUAUCAGGCACCCCCAACUGGAAAUAUUAGUCCUAAUGGGGAUAUUGAAUUCAUGGAUCCUGCAAUUUUGGCAGUUGGUAAAGGGAGACUUCAAGCUGGGCUUAACAAUCAGGGUUUAGAUAUUAGAUCCAGUUUCCCUCAGCAAUUAAGUGCUUUUGAGAAUGAUCCAAGACUUCAGCUGUUGAUGCAAAGAUCUUUUUCACCACACCAGAACUUCAGAUAUAAUGACCUCGGGGAUAACUUGUCCUCUCUUACUGAUUCUUAUGGCAUUUCUUCAAGGUUUGUGGACCAAUCACAAAUGAACAGUCUGUCUCCGUUUAUGCAAGUACCCCUUCAGCAUUCUAGGAAUGGGAUUAUGUCAAAUGCACACCUCUCAAAUGAGCACAUUUCAAGUGGGCACAUGUCUGGUGGGCACAUGUCGAGCGGGCACCUGUCGAACGGGCACCUGUCGAGUGGGCACAUGUCGAACGGACACCUGUCAAGUGGGCACAUGUCGAACGGACACCUGUCGAGUGGGCACAUGUCGGGUGGCCACAUGUCGAGUGGGCACAUGUCGAAUGGACAUUGGGAUGGCUGGAAUGAAGUCCAGGGUGUAAAUAAUCUGGGUGUAGCAGAACUACUUCGGAAUGAGAGACUGGGAUUGAACAAGUUCUUUGGUGCUGGGUAUGAAGAUUCAAAAUAUCGGAUGCCAAAUUCAGGAGACUUAUAUAACAGAACGUUUGAUAUGUAAACACUGUUGUCAUGGGGUGACAGAUUUGAAUACGCAAGCUAUUGUAAACGGAGAAGCAUAAAUGAUUUGAAAUGUGGUGUGGUCUUGUACUGAAGGAUCGGACUGAUACUUGACUGGUCUCUGGUAACUUUGGGCAGCCUGAUGAAGGAUAAAGCUCUCGAAAAUCGGGGUCUUGAAGGCGGCAGGUGAAGGAUCUAUAUUUGAUAUGAAGACUGUAUCGUGAGAUGAUGUAUAUUUGUGAAACUGGCAGGUUGGUUGAUUGAUCUUCCAGACAGAUGAGUGUUUGUGUCCUUGUUAAAUGAAAAGAGAAAUUUUUGGUUGCUGUUUUCCCAACUAAAUAGAUCAAAAAGUUAGAUA